AUGGAGCAGUUACAGUUGGCCCUCGAGUCUCGUGCCUUCGAGCUGGCUUACCAAAGAACUUGUUGCCAGGUUGAAGCUGUUUGUGAUGCAGAACGGCUCAGGCAGCUUCGAGUACGCACACUACUCUUGGAGGAUGACAACGACGACCUACACACACAAUUGUCUCAAGAUGACGAUCGCAUUGAUCGGCUGGAAAGAUUCAACGAGCGUCUCCAAGAGGAUCUGGAAGUCUGUGGCCGAAGACUUGAAAGCGCACAGGAAAAAUUACGAAUCAAAUCACGAGAAGUUGAAACAUUGAAGGCAGAACUCAAUUCUUUGCACGGAGUGACCAUGGACUCUACGAAAUUGCUGACGGAGAAGCUCACCCUAGCCCGCGAGCUGUCAGCAUUGAAACCCGAGGUCGACCACUUGCGAUCUCAAGCCGCAUCACAUCAGUCGUUGCUUGCGGAGAAACUGUCUCUACAGCAGCAAUUGAGCACGGUGCAGGUGGAGCUGGAAAGAGAAAAGCGUGCCACCCAGCGAGUGCUAGCUAAGGAGGGUAAAUUACAGGCUGAAGACGCCAAACUUGAAUCCCAAUUAGAGAAUUUGCAAGCGGAUCUUGCAAAAGAACGUCGAGAACGACAGAAGGUAGAGCGCGAGGCUCAAAAGAGUUCCACUCAAUCAGAAAACAGGAUAACAACACUGGAGUCUCGGUUGGAUGCAUUCAGGAACAAAUUGAAGUCUACUAAGGAGCAGCUCAAAGAAGCGCAAACGUCCAUGCAGACAGCACAAGCAUCCAAUCACAGCACAUCAAGUCGCGCAUCCGCGUCGGUGGACUCAACCACGUUCGUGGCCGGGAACCCACAUAAACGAGCAGCUGCGCACAUAGAUGCCGAUACAAUAAUCGGUACGCCCGGAGACCUUCCAGCUGCGAAGAAGAGCAAGCGGAAGUCAACUCUGAUUGGCGAGAAAUCCACAUUUUCCAUCACUCCUUUCCUCAAUCGAACGGCGAGCGUGGCUCCAGAAAGCCCACCUUCAGACGACGCUAGUGGACAUGACGAAGAGCAUGUCAAAGGAUCUGAUCGCCUGAUUGGGACUGCCAACCAAAAGGCGGCGUCGUCCGAGGCAAUCUCUGACCCGGUGGACACGUCUGACGCCAUGAAAAACGUUGUACAAACGAAAAUAGUCGGUGUACUUGGAAAUGCGAAGACAGGCAGAAUCAACUCAAGAGCCCCUGCGCGAAGGACAAAAGCUGCGCCCACCUUAGAAUUUGUUGCAGAGGAGAAUGUUGAGAAUGAAGGAUCAACGACGAGCAUGAGCGAGCCCGCAGGCAACAAAGGUUCCUCCAACGAGAUAUUUUAUGGCGGUCUCGAAAUGAAAAAGAGGAAGAGAAAGCUGCUCGGAGGUGGUCUUGGGAAGACACUGUUUGACGAGGAUGAGGGGGAUACACUCAAAGGUGACCGAGGACUGCUUGGUGGUGUCAAAGGGUUUGGGACGCUGGGGAAAGGGGGACUCGGGGCUUCAAAACUUGGGCCUCGCAAAGCAAUUGGUCCCAGCGUGAGUACUUUCGGUGCCAUAUCCCCCUUGAAAAAGGACAGGAAGGGUGCUCAGUAA